AUGGAAAAGAAAGGAAAGUUUGAUUACAUUUUGUUGGAAACAAGUGGUUUAGCAGACCCAGGACCAAUUGCAUCCAUGUUCUGGUUAGACGAUGGAUUAGGAAGUGAAAUUUAUUUGGACGGCAUUGUUACUCUAAUCGAUGCAAAGAACAUCAAGGAUCACAUCAAUGAAAAGAAGGAGGAUGUCAUGAUCAAUGAGGCACUUAAGCAAGUUGCUAUUGCUGAUCGUAUCGUCAUCAACAAGAAGGAUCUUUUGAACGAGCAAGAAUUAGAACAAUUAAAGGAGGAUCUAUCUUCAAUCAAUACCGUGGCUGAUAUGAUUGUCACUGAAAGAUCAAAAAUCCCAUUAGACUAUGUUCUUGAUAUCAAGGCAUAUGAUGUGAAUAAUGCUGCUGCACUCGUUAAGCAAACCCAAAAAAUUCAAGAGCACGGAAGUAACCAUGCCCAUCAAAUCAGCCAUGAAGUUCAAACCGUCUGUAUCCAAUUUGACCAACAUUUAGAGACAGUAGAAAAACUCGAACAUUGGAUACAAGAAUUAUUAUGGGAAAAGAGAGUUUCUGGAUCUAAUGAAGACGAUGAACCUGUUACCGUUUUAAGAUUAAAGGGUAUCUUAUAUCCUCCCAAGGAUAAAUUAUUACAGGACGGCAGUAGUAAAAAGAGAAUGGUAAUCCAGGGUGUCCAGGAUUUAUAUGAUAUCCAAGAAGGAUUUGCUGGCGAUGACAUUGAUGCCAACGAUACCUCUAGUAAAAUCGUAUUGAUCGGAAAGAACUUGCAAAAGGACAAGAUUUCUGCUUCUUUUACCAACGUUUUGGGAAUAGAGCAUAAAAUUUAUUAA